AUGAAAUUCUUGGUUGUGUUGUCUGCCCUUGCGGCUGUUGCCGUUGCCAACCCAGGAGUUGCCUCUUUGGGUUAUAACUCCGUUCAAGGAGCUUUCGGUCACUCCGGUUUCGGAGCUUCCGCCGUUCCAACCGGUUACUCUUACAGCACUGUUUCCGUUCACGCUCCAGCCGCUGUAUCUGCCCCAGCUGUUUUUGCCGCCCCAGCCGUCCACGCUCCAGCUGUCGUUGCUGCUCCAGCCGUUCACGCCCAAGCUGUUGUCGCUGGUCCAGCUGUUCACUCUCAAGCCGUUGUUGGAGUUAAAACUCAAUACCAAAGUCAUCAAGGCCCACACGGUCAAACCAGCUACGGACAUUCUGAACCUUUCCAAAGCCACGACGCCAGUCAAGAUGCUCAUGGAAACAAAGUAGGAUCUUUCAGCUACGUAGCCCCAUCCGGACAAGUUUUCAGAACCGACUACGUUGCCGAUGCUUUGGGAUACAGAGUUAGCAGCAACGCUCUCCCAGUUGGCCCAUCUCACGGACCAUCUGAAACCCCAGAAGUUGCCGCUGCCCGUGCCGAACAUUUGGCUCACCACCAACACUACAGAGCUAAAAGAGGAGUCCACGCCGUUGGUUACACUCCAGCUGCCACCGCUCCACUCGGUGCCGGAUUCCCAACCCCAGUUGUUUACUUUGCUCCAGUCGUCGUUCAAUCCGCUCCAGUUUCUUACUCCGCAGUUGUUGCUCCACACAGCUACUCUGUCUCCCACUACAGUUACGCUCAUUAA